AUGGUAACAAGACGUGAAAGCACUAUUUUAGUGACAGUCAAUGGCUCGGAUGAAGACCAAAGGCUACCGCAAUUAUCAUAUGAUCCUGAUCAGCAACAACAGCAUCAAAAUGGGCGCAUUGUACCGAGUACAGCAAAGGAAGUAGAACAAGGUGCAAUCACAUCAGCGAAUGAGAACGAGAAGACAGCCAAGUCUACCACGAAUGAAUAUAUAGCGGAAUCAUCCUUAACAGACCCUCUCCGGUGUGCAGCUAUGCCGGCCCGUUAUGUUGUCGCUAUCUGGGCUUUCUUUGGUUUUCUUUGUUUAUAUGCACUACGUGUCAAUAUUUCGGUGGCAAUUGUCGCUAUGGUACCUCCACAAAGUGCACUCAAUCAAUCAGUUCGAUCAUGUCCAGUAUCGAACACAAGUUCUCCAGAACCACCUUCACACUACGAAUUCGAUUGGAAACCAUCUACUCAAGGGUUUGUUCUUGGAGCUUUCUUCUACGGCUAUAUUCUUACUCAAGUAAUUGGAGGCAAUUUAGCCGAAAAAUUUGGUGGCAAAUGGAUCUUUAGUGGAUGCAUAUUGAUAGCUAGCAUUUUAACAUUAUUAACGCCGCUGGCAGCUCGAGCUCAUCUUGGAUUACUCAUUGCAAUUCGGGUCUUAAUUGGUUUAUUCUCGGGUCCCGCAUUUCCGUCCGCAGCGGCUCUUUGGGGAAAAUGGAUUCCACCUUCGGAACGAAGUACUAUUCCACCUGUCUCUCAAUCGGGAACUAAUUUCGGUAUCAUAUUUACCACACCACUUGUUAGUUUUAUGAAUAAUUCAUCAUUUCUUGGCGGAUGGCCAUCGGCUUUUUAUGUGUUUGGUAAUAAGACAGUUUAA